AUGGCGCCCGUUAUGCUUCCGGAGCCUUUCGCUAGUAUCCCCAGGGAAUCUUACUUGUUCGGUCCGUCCCCGAUCCAGCAUUUGCCCAACAUCACAAAGGCCCUCGGUGGUAAAGUAGGGGUCUAUGCAAAGAGGGAAGACUGCAACUCGGGUUUGGCAUUUGGAGGAAACAAGACGCGGAAACUAGAAUACCUUGCAUCAGAUGCUUUAGCCCAAGGGUGCGAUACGUUGGUCAGCAUUGGCGGAUUCCAGUCGAAUCACACUCGACAGGUGGCAGCUGUUGGUGCCAAGCUGGGCAUGAAGGUCUCACUUGUGCAGGAGAAAUGGGUGGAUUGGGAAGAUUUGAUGUACGACAAGGCGGGCAACAUUCAGCUGUCGCGGCUGAUGAAUGCGGACACACGGCUUGACCCCUCUCCAUUCGGCAUCGAGCAUAAAGGAACGCUCAAGAACCUGCAAAAGUCCAUCAUUGAGAAGGGUGGCAAGCCAUACUAUAUCCCUGCUGGUGCAUCGGAUCACCCCUUGGGGGGACUGGGGUUUGCAAGAUGGGCGUUCGAGGUGGAGCAGCAGGAGAAAGAACUGGGUAUCUUCUUCGAUACCAUUAUUGUCUGCGCCGUAACAGAAUCCACAAUGGCGGGGAUGGUGGCAGGGUUUAAGCUGGCGCAGAAGAACGGUUCCCCGCCGCGAAAGGUCCUUGGAAUCGAUGCUUCGGCCACCGUGAAACAGACCUUUGAUCAAAUUCUCCGUAUUGCCAAGGCUACUGCAGUGAAGAUUGGGCUAGGCGAGGAUGAUAUCACAGAGCAGGAUAUCAUUCUUGACGAUAGAUACCAUGGAGGGGUGUACGGAAUCCCAGAUCAGCGAACAAUUAAUGCCAUAAAGUUUGGGGCAUCUACCGAGGCCUUUAUUACUGACCCCGUCUACGAAGGCAAAAGCCUGGCAGGAAUGAUGGACUUAGUCCGCAACGAAGAGAUUCCAUCAGGCACAAAUGUCCUUUACGCGCACCUAGGCGGACAGCUAGCAUUGAAUGCCUAUACGGGAAUGUAA